GCUCGGCGCCGAGGGGUCGCGCUCCCCUCUCCUGACGCCUCCGACUCCCGGUCUCCAAAGCCAGAAGAGGAGGUUUGAUUCAGCAACUGUUUCCUCUCUUUUCCGGGUCGCUCUGACCCUCUGGAUACUCGGUUGAUCCACGGGGGAAAAAAAACGAAGACGACGAUUGGGAUUUAAUUUUUUUCCUCUCAGUUUUUGGAAUCUUUUACUUUUGGUCAAGAACUCAAGAGCAAAACCCCCGUGUUGCAAUCAAUCUGGUUCCUAAGGAGGAAGAGGAAGGCAGCCCUGGAGUGGUUUCUUUACAGUAAUUUCAACAGAAGAGUGAGAGAUGGAACCCGAAGAAGAAAGGAUUCGUUACAGCCAGAGAUUGGUUCUUGGGGGUUUUCUCUAUCUGUGAGUACUUGGUAAAAACUUAAAACCGUAAAGAUAAAAGGCAGCAGAUAGUGACCAAACGUGGUUUUGGCAAAUACAGUGGUGAAGGCCUCCUUCAGGGUGUCCCUGACCAUAUCUGAGAACUUGUGAAAAAUGAAGAUUGUUGGGUUUUUCUCCAAACUUACUGAAUCAGAAACUCUGGGAGUGGGACCCAGCAAUCUGUGUCUCAACAACCCCAUUAGCGUGGUACCAUGCGACGACGUUAUGAAGAUGAUGGCAUUUCAGAUGAUGAAAUUGAAGGGAAAAGAACUUUUGACUUGGAAGAGAAACUUCACACCAACAAAUAUAAUGCAAAUUUUGUUACUUUUAUGGAGGGAAAAGAUUUUAAUGUGGAAUAUAUCCAGCGGGGUGGCUUAAGAGACCCUCUGAUUUUCAAGAAUUCUGAUGGACUUGGAAUAAAGAUGCCAGAUCCAGACUUCACUGUGAAUGAUGUCAAAAUGUGUGUGGGGAGUCGUCGCAUGGUGGAUGUCAUGGAUGUGAACACACAGAAAGGUAUUGAAAUGACGAUGGCUCAGUGGACACGCUACUAUGAGACCCCAGAGGAGGAACGAGAAAAACUCUAUAAUGUCAUCAGCCUAGAGUUUAGCCACACCAGGCUGGAGAACAUGGUGCAGAGGCCCUCCACGGUGGAUUUCAUUGACUGGGUAGACAACAUGUGGCCAAGGCAUUUGAAGGAAAGUCAGACUGAAUCAACAAAUGCCAUCUUGGAGAUGCAGUACCCUAAAGUGCAGAAGUACUGUCUAAUGAGUGUUCGAGGCUGCUAUACUGACUUCCAUGUCGACUUUGGUGGUACCUCUGUCUGGUAUCACAUCCAUCAAGGGGGAAAGGUCUUCUGGCUCAUCCCCCCUACAGCCCACAACCUGGAGCUGUACGAGAAUUGGCUGCUGUCAGGGAAACAGGGAGACAUCUUUCUGGGUGACCGGGUGUCAGAUUGCCAGCGCAUUGAGCUCAAGCAGGGCUAUACCUUCGUCAUUCCCUCAGGCUGGAUUCAUGCUGUGUAUACUCCUACAGACACGUUAGUGUUUGGAGGCAAUUUCUUGCACAGUUUCAAUAUCCCCAUGCAGUUAAAAAUAUACAACAUUGAAGAUCGGACACGGGUUCCAAAUAAGUUUCGCUAUCCAUUCUACUAUGAGAUGUGUUGGUAUGUGUUGGAGCGCUAUGUGUACUGCAUAACCAACCGCUCCCACCUAACCAAGGAAUUUCAGAAAGAGUCCCUCAGCAUGGAUUUGGAGUUAAAUGGGUUGGAAUCUGGAAAUGGAGAUGAAGAAGCAGUGGAUCGAGAACCCCGGCGCUUGAGUAGUAGGCGUUCGGUCCUCACUAGCCCUGUAGCCAAUGGGGUCAACCUGGAUUAUGAUGGACUGGGCAAAACCUGCCGAAGUCUUCCAAGUCUGAAGAAAAGCUUGUCUGGAGAUUCAUCAUCUGACUCUAGCCGGGGCUCCCACAAUGGCCAAGUGUGGGACCCCCAGUGUAGUCCCCGAAAGGACAGGCAGGUGCAUCUGACCCAUUUUGAGCUCGAAGGCCUUCGCUGCCUUGUAGACAAGUUGGAGUCUCUGCCACUACACAAGAAAUGUGUCCCUACAGGGAUAGAAGAUGAAGAUGCUCUGAUUGCUGACGUAAAGGUUUUGCUGGAGGAGCUUGCCAACAGUGAUCCCAAGUUAGCCCUCACUGGAGUCCCUAUAGUACAGUGGCCAAAAAGGGAUAAGCUUAAAUUCCCCACCCGGCCAAAGGUGCGGGUUCCUACCAUCCCCAUCACAAAGCCUCACACUAUGAAACCAGCUCCACGGUUAACACCUGUGAGGCCAGCUGCUGCCUCCCCCAUAGUGUCUGGAGCCAGGCGGAGACGAGUACGAUGUCGAAAGUGCAAAGCCUGUGUGCAAGGAGAGUGUGGUGUUUGCCACUACUGCAGGGACAUGAAGAAGUUUGGAGGACCUGGUCGUAUGAAGCAGUCCUGUGUCCUCCGGCAGUGCUUGGCACCCAGGCUGCCUCACUCAGUCACAUGCUCCCUCUGUGGAGAAGUGGAUCAAAAUGAGGAGACACAGGACUUUGAGAAGAAACUCAUGGAAUGCUGUAUCUGCAAUGAGAUUGUUCAUCCUGGCUGCCUCCAGAUGGAUGGAGAGGGGUUGCUUAACGAGGAAUUGCCAAAUUGCUGGGAGUGUCCCAAGUGCUACCAGGAGGACAGCUCAGAGAAAGCCCAGAAGCGGAAGAUGGAAGAGAGUGAUGAAGAAGCUGUGCAAGCCAAAGUCCUGCGGCCCCUGCGGAGCUGUGACGAGCCCCUCACACCCCCGCCUCAUUCACCCACUUCCAUGCUACAGCUCAUCCAUGACCCGGUUUCCCCCCGGGGUAUGGUGACUCGGUCAUCCCCUGGGGCUGGCCCCAGCGACCACCACAGUGCCAGCCGCGAUGAGCGCUUCAAACGGCGGCAGUUGCUGCGGCUACAGGCCACAGAGCGCACCAUGGUACGGGAAAAGGAGAACAAUCCCAGCGGCAAAAAGGAGCUGUCUGAAGUUGAGAAAGCCAAGAUCCGGGGAUCGUACCUCACUGUCACGCUGCAGAGGCCCACCAAAGAGCUCCACGGGACAUCCAUUGUGCCCAAGCUGCAGGCCAUCACGGCCUCCUCUGCCAACCUCCGCCAUUCCCCCCGCGUGCUAGUGCAGCACUGCCCAGCCCGAACCCCCCAGCGUGGGGAUGAGGAGGGGCUGGGGGGAGAGGAAGAGGAGGAGGAGGAUGAGGAGGAGGAAGAUGACAGUGCAGAGGAGGGGGGUGCAGCCAGGCUGAAUGGCCGGGGCAGUUGGGCUCAGGAUGGAGACGAAAGCUGGAUGCAGCGGGAGGUCUGGAUGUCUGUCUUCCGCUACCUCAGCCGCAGAGAACUUUGUGAAUGUAUGCGAGUGUGCAAGACGUGGUAUAAAUGGUGCUGCGACAAGAGACUUUGGACAAAAAUUGACUUGAGUAGGUGUAAGGCUAUUGUACCCCAAGCUCUCAGUGGUAUCAUCAAGAGGCAGCCAGUUAGCCUUGACCUCAGUUGGACCAACAUCUCUAAAAAACAACUGACAUGGCUCGUCAAUAGGCUGCCAGGACUGAAAGACCUUCUCCUAGCCGGCUGUUCCUGGUCUGCAGUCUCUGCCCUCAGCACCUCCAGCUGCCCCCUUCUCAGGACCCUUGAUCUUCGGUGGGCAGUAGGAAUCAAGGACCCUCAAAUUCGGGACUUGCUGACUCCACCUGCUGAUAAACCAGGUCAGGACAAUCGCAGCAAGCUCCGGAACAUGACUGACUUCCGGCUGGCAGGCCUUGACAUCACAGAUGCCACGCUUCGCCUCAUCAUUCGCCACAUGCCCCUCCUGUCUCGACUCGACCUCAGUCACUGCAGCCACCUGACAGAUCAGUCCUCCAACCUACUCACUGCUGUCGGGUCUUCCACUCGUUACUCCCUCACAGAGCUCAAUAUGGCAGGUUGCAAUAAGUUGACAGACCAGACCCUGAUCUACCUACGGCGCAUCGCCAAUGUCACCUUGAUCGACCUUCGAGGAUGCAAGCAGAUCACUCGAAAAGCCUGCGAGCACUUCAUCUCAGACUUGUCCAUCAACAGUCUCUACUGCCUGUCUGACGAGAAGCUGAUACAGAAGAUCAGCUAAGACACACUUGGCCCAGACUGAACAGGAAACCAAUCUUCCCUGACUCCCCAGCCAGGAGAGCUUCUCUCCCUGACCCUGCACAGGCUCUGAGGCCAGCGUCACACUCCCUCUCUGCUCUCCUGUCCUUUGAGCCCUUCCCCUAUAGGCGGGGCAGAGAGUGCGGUGGUCACCAGGCUUACCUGCCUGCUCUUCUCCCUCCUAAGGAAAAGGGAGUAGCAAAUUGAUCUAAGGGAAAAGCAUAGGCUGUGUGCUGUCGAGGUGCCGGCUCACCUGCACGCUUGCCGCCUGCCUGCCAGGAGGCCAAGCUCUCAGUUGGGUCGUCUGUGCAACUAUCAUCUGCGCUAGGCCCUGGGGCCCUCCUCCCCAUCCAUGGUUCUGAGCAGUGCCUGGUUCUGAGCAAACUCCCAGGGAGGAAAGCAGCCCUGUCUCCAUGGCCAGGUUCUCCUUUUGGUGCCCAGUGUCUCUCCUCUGUCACACUCUCCCGGCUUAUACAGGAGGGGCCAGCAGCCCCAGGAAGGCCAGACCCAUACAGAUCACACUGGUGCUGUUGAGGUGUCUAAGACCUCAUCUGUGUCUGUCCUCCCCUCUCCUCCAGUUAGCUUGAUCCUGUCCGAUGCACCAUGUCAGUUCACAUAAUGAGGCUACCCCACCCUAUAUUUUCCUGACAGUCUCUACGAGGUCCUCAGGUCCUUGUUGCACUUAUUGGGGUUGAGGCUCUUCAGAGGAGCUGGAACUGUAUCCCAGGGACACCCCCAUUUUAUUGCUUUCUAAGCAGAUUCUGAGAUAGGCACCAUCUCCUUGUUCCCACUCCUUUAGCCUCCCACUGCCCUUUUCCAUAUCUUUAUUCCUGCCUGAAUAGGGCUUUCCUAGGAUGCAGGUCCUCAAGCAGCCUGUCUGCCCCUGCUGGGGGAACAGAGAUCUGGGCCAGGUUCCCACCUGCCUUCCAGCAGGCACUAGGCCUCUAGUGUCAUGUAAUCCCCAGAGCCCAGACCUGUGUUUAGUCCCAGUGGCUCGCUGAUCUGGCACCAUUGGGAGGAGGGGGAGCUCCUGCUUAGAAGCCAGUCACCUGCCCUCUGCCUGCGGCCCUGGAAGGGGGUGUGCAUGUGCCUCUGUGUGUGUGGCUGAGUGUAUUACGCGUGUGUGUGGGGAGGGAAGGAGGGGAGCAUGGUGUCUCCCACUUUACCUCCCUGUGUCAAGCCCCAUCAGCUGCCCCCUUUUUCUUUGCAUUGAACGGCCUGUCCAAAGAUCCUCUCUCUAGGGCAGCAGAGAGCUUUUUGCACUUUAAAAAAAAAAAGAAAGAAAGGUCGGAAUUUCUUUUGGGUCAAUGUUGAAAUGUGUGAGGAGAUGCUCAAUAGCAGCAGCCUGUGGCAAGAGU